GUGGCCGAUUUCUAGGAAAAAAAAAAAAGAUUUAACUGCCCCAGUUAUUUUUAAAAGGCGUAAAGUUAUACCUAGAAGUUUCGUGGAGGAAGAAACUUUCUUUCACGUUUAAUCGUAAAUUAAAGUGUUGAGUCUGCCAAAUCAUAAUUAGCAGAAAGAUUAGUUUCAAUGUCGAACGAGAGAAAUUAAUAGUGAAAAAAAUGGAAUUACCGACCAAUGACUGUGAUGGAACUAACCCUGUUACGUCCUUCAAUUUUGUUUUGUCCGACUCAUUAGGAGGAUCAAAUGAUCUCCUGGAUGGGGAGACUACGGUUCCACUUGUAUUUUCCACAGACUUUGAUAUAAAUAAAUUGUGGAAGAAUGGAAAUGGAGUACAGGUGGUAUUCAUUGAGUCUUCGCAGGUUGGAAUUAUUUCAGACAACGGGACAGCUAUCGUAUCCAGUUCGCCUAUUGCUAAUGAGAUUGGAGACAAUGAUCAGCCAUCAGAUCUGUCAGAUUUACCUGAUAACAGGCAUUUGCCAGAUACCUUUCAUAUUGAAACUCCAGUAAAUGAUUCUUUGACCUGCCCAGAAUGUGGAGCAACAUUUAAGAAAAGUGCAGACUACAAAAGGCAUAAGCUACAACAUUUAGACAAGAAGCCCUACCAAUGUAUGACCUGCAACCUCUCAUUUAACAUUGAGAAAAAUCUAAAACUUCAUAUGGCUUUGCAUAGCACAUCAAGUCAAUGUCCCGAAUGUGGCAAGAAAUUUUCGCGAAUGGCUAGUUUGAAGGCUCAUAUUUCACUCCACAUUGAGGAAGAUACACUUAUCUGUCAGCAGUGUGAUAACGAAUUCGAAACUAUGAGGGCCUUACGGCGUCACGUAGAAGAGGAACACCAACUGAACAAGACCGCCCCCUUAACCCUUGCCGAGCUCAAUCACUCGUGUAACGGUUCAACCGAUCUUGGGGGAACAGAACCAGUAAUAAAAAUCUUCCCCUGCAAGCAAUGCCAUGUCAACUUUAACACUUUAAGAGCGCUAAAGGAACAUUCCCGAUUUCAUCAAAAGGUCAAUUCCAUCUUGUCUUGCAAGAAAAAGGGCAAAGCGAACAAAAUCGUAGGAAAACCUCGUUUCAAAUGCUCUUACUGUCCUAUGGAAUUCGAUAAGCCCAGCUUGUGCACCCGGCACGAGCGAGUCCAUACUGGCGACCGACCCUACAAGUGCGACCAAUGCUCUCGGAGUUUUAGUCAGAAGAACUCGCUUGUAAGCCAUCAGAAAGCUAUCCACGGACAUGAGAAACCGUACAAGUGCACAUUUUGUCCUUAUGCCUCAAGCCAGAAAGGAAACCUUCGAGCGCACGUUCGACGCCUUCACCUCCUUGCUCAUAAUGAGCAACAAGGUGAUGUUCAUCGCUGCGAAGAUUGCAGUGCCGUAUUCCGAAAUGUAUCGAGUUUGACAUCGCACAUGAGUAAAUUCCACUGUGAUACCGAGCAGACGGACUCGAGUCUUUCCCACCUGCUGGAUAAAAAUUCCGACACCAUUUCAGUUCUGAACGUUAACGGCGAUGAUUCCGUAUUGCGUGAUGGCCUCAACCACAAGAAUGAUAUUCUUCAAAAGGCUCUAGAGCGCAUUGGGCUGCCACUCUCAGAUGGUGGCGUGGAUAAUUCAUGCCAACAGCGAAAUGGCGAUCAUGAUAAAACAAAGGAACGUACAGCAUGCACGACUACUCUCGUAGAUAGAGCCAAUCCAGCCAAACUAGUGCAAUAUACUGUCGAAUACCAGAUGGAGAACGCAGUUCGCUGGCUAUUGUGUACCCAUUGCCCGAAGCGAUUUAAGAAACCUUUGGAUCUGGUUCGCCACCUUCGCAUUCACAACUGCAUCAUGCCUUAUAAGUGCGCAAUCUGUUUCAAGACGUUCCGUCUCAAAUCGACUCUCAUGUCGCACUUGAAUUCGCACAAUGGGACAAAAGCGUUUGAGUGCACAGUGUGCAAUAAAAAACUGGCCAGUCAGGCAAGCCUGGUUUUACAUCAAAGGCUCCAUACUGGUCAGCGGCCGUAUAGCUGUAAUUAUUGUGGCAAGCAGUUUCGACAUCGCAGUUAUUUCAAGGUACACCUCCAGGCUCACCAGCGAUCUAUCAAGAGCAAAAGUAAGGCUGCUAAUACGUCAGAAGAGCCACGUCUAGCGAACGACGCUGGCCAAUCAACUAUUUCCGUGACGUUAGCUGAACCGUUGGAAUUGACCGAAUCAGGAAUCCUCCCGAGACAACCGGUGAAUGCACAGCUGUUUAGCAGAUCAGAAGCAAAAAGUGGCACUCGACAGACGCGCCCUUUCAAAUGUUUGCAAUGUGGUGCGGCUUUUAAAAAAUCAGCUCAUCUUAACCAGCAUAUCCGCACGCAUACGGGACUGAAGCCUUUUACGUGCAACGUCUGCCUCCGGAAUUUUGUUUCCAAGUGGGUUCUAAAAGCUCAUCACCUGACGCACGAACGGGUUUCGGCGCCCAGUUUCCAGUGCCCCGAAUGCAAUCGGUGCUUCACUACCAAGGGUACGCUCAAUCGACACAGAGCCAGUCACAGCGAUUCAAGGCCUUUUCUCUGCCCGUACUGCCCAAAAUCCUUUAAGACAUACUCUAAUUGUAAAAAGCAUGUCCGAACACACACUAAUGAGGUCAUUCAUUUGCAACAAACUCAGUGUUCGUCAUCCGUUCCAGAGUCAGCUGAUGCUGACACGGUCGACCGAUCGCCAUCUCGCAUUCCUGAGCCACAGGCGGAACCUAAUUGGGAAUUGUUGAACUAUGAAUCAAGCGACAUGCCGCCAGAUACCAGUACAGCCCAACCUGAUGGCGAAUACCAAUUGGAGGAUGGAACACGAGAUGUUGUACAUAGUCUCCCGUGCACGACAUCGAGCAUGAAUGACACUUCGUCGUUUGAACCCAUACAACUAAGUAUGGACUUUGGUGGCGAGGAGGUAGAAGAUGUUACAGACACGCCGGGUGAUUCUGAUCUACAAACAAUAUAUGACGGCCAAGUCUUGUCGCAGAAUUUCACAUUUCAGGAGAAUGAACUACUUAACACAGCAACUGAUGAUUCGAAAAAAGAAGACAGAAAGUGCCUUUCGUGCGGAAGAGAAUUCAAGCGAGCUGCUCAUUUAAAGAUUCACAUGCGCAGUAACUGCGGAGCUGUGAAAACUCAUAUUUGUUCUAUUUGCACAAAAUCGUUCUCAACUGCACAAGCAUUGAUGGUUCAUCAAAAAUCGCACUCAGAUCGAUAUCCUCUUCAUUGUGUGUGUGACACAUGCGGGCUUAAAUCUUCUUCCAUUGAGCUCCACUUACAUCAUAUGGAAGAGGGGUGCAAUCAGACUAGGACCGAGGAAACAAGUUUUAAAGAACACAAGUCGCCGAUGUUUACUGAUGCGACGUCCUCGCAAGAAGGAUUUCUUCAACCAACUACGGAUAAGAUGCCAAAAAGCCUCAAAGAAUGCACGCAGUGCAGUAAAAGUUUCAAAAAACAGUCAGAUCUUAUUCGUCAUAUGCGAACUCAUACUGGAGAACGGCCUUUCCAUUGUUCGAUAUGUGAUAAAAGUUUUACGCUCAAGUCCACCUUGACAGCGCAUUUGCGUACCCAUUCUCCUACUGGCAAUAAGACCGUCUCCUGUGAGUUCUGCAAAGGUCUUUAUUCCUGCCGGAACACGCUUCGAAUUCACAUGAGAAUUCAUACAGGAGAUAGACCUUUCCGAUGUCCUGAAUGUAACUUGUCGUUCCGGACAACCGGCCACCGACAAUCCCAUCUUAAGAGUCAUCGUAAAGCUGCUCAGGCAGUCGGUAAAGUGAAAGCAAUUCGCGCAGUAACAGGUGUAUCCAACAAAAAGAAACCGAAAGUUAAAGCAACCAAUCAGCAGGGGGUUGAUAUAGACGUUGAUGGAAGCACUCAGAUGGCAAAAGUUAUUGCCAUUACAGGCGAUUUGUCAAAUCAGCACAAUUCCCUGGGCGAUCAAAGUGGAUCUCUGGCCAAUUUGACUGUGAAAUUCCAUUUAGAUGAAGCUGGCAAUGUCCAGCUUCCCGCGUUGGAUUCCAAUACUUUGCUUGACCUAAGCGAAUUGUUCCUUACCCAAACCGAUGGACAGGUUACCUUGACCCAGGAAAUGAGUCUGUCUCACAUGUUAACAGUAGGCGAGUCAAAUCGAGAUGAACUGAGCAAGAACCUCAUGAAUUCUGAGUCGGGUCUGCGACUUUUGGCGGGAAACCACGAAGGAACGAUGCUUGUUUCCAACUCGCAUGCAGACCAACACCAGUCCGAAAUCGAGGAAGGUGCAGAUCAUGUUAUCAUGGAAGCAGUUGACCCUGUUGUUAUUUUGGGAGCAUCAAAUGAAAAGAGUCCUAAACGAGUGUCUGUAAUUACGUCAAGAAAUCGCAACUUUCAAAAGUGAAAACUUGUUUUCCCCUCUUUGUAACAUACUCCAUUCCUGCAACCAUCCAACAAAGGGUCCAUCAAGCAUUGGAAGGUAUCGAUCAUACUACAUAUUUUGAAACAAAAACUUACUGUUUCUAAUUUUGAUGCUAUCUUGUUUUAAUAUAAAAGAGAAAACUGUU